CUUCUUUCAACAGCAGCAACAGUUAGUCAGACUCCUCCGUAGCUUGAUAGACAAAAUAAACGAACCAAUUAAGCUCUUUAGACGCUUUCGUGUUUAUUAGCCACUGUAUUUUAAACUCACUACUGUCGUCUAGUUAGUUAUCCAAUUUAAUUUCAUAUUUACGGUGUUGUUAUUAGUCAGCUAGCGGGCUGGUUAAGUUAGCAUUAGCCUAGCUAGCUAACAUCUCUGACCAUGAGUUCACUAAGCUGCUCUCCUCCUGAUAAAGAAGAGGUGGUCUGCUGGACGGAGAAAGAAGCUCUGGUGAAAGAGGAGGAGGAAGUUACAAUACAAAAACAAGUAGAGGGUGAGGCUGUUACGGUGAAAGAAGAAGAGAAAGACGUCUCAGUUAAAGAAGAGGAAGAUACGUUCAGAGUGAAUGAGGAGGAGGAUGUUACAGUAAAAGAAGAGGAGGAUGCGGUUUUUGGAGUGAAAGAGGAGGAGGAGGGGGAGGUGACUGUCACAUCCAAAAAGGAGGAGGAAGAAGACGACGAGGAAACUGGAUAUCUGUGCCCGGUUUCCCAAACGCAUAUUCAGGCGUCCAAUGGUUCUAACAAUGUACUUAGCCGUAAGAUGGUUUUGAGAAACCGGGCCCUGAUUAACACUAGAGAGAGAUGUGACUAUCGUGGAUCCUCUGGGGAGCCUCAACAACAUCAUGAGGCAGAGAAAAGUCUCUCCAGAUCAGAACUCCUCAAGAAACACCAGCAGAGACCCACAGGGAAGAAAUCUCACUUCUGCUCUGACUGUGAGAAAGGUUGCAAAUCUUCAUCAGAACUUAAAAUACACCAGCGACACACAAGGGAGAAAUCUCACUGCUGCUCUGACUAUGGUAAAAUAUUAAACUCUUCAGUAAAACUUAAAAUACAUCAAAGAUUACACAAAAGAGACAAACCAUAUGGCUGUGCUCAAUGUGGGAAGAGUUUUUCUUCAUCUAGCUAUCUCAUUGUACACAAGAGAACACACACAGGAGAGAAACCUUAUAGCUGUGAACAAUGUGGGAAGAGUUUUACUAGAUCUGACCAUCUGACUUUACACAAGAGAAUACACACAGGAGAGAAAUUGUAUAGCUGUGAUCAAUGUGGGAAGAGUUUUACUAGAUCUGACCAUCUGACUUUACACCAGAGAAUACACACAGGGGAGAAAUCUUAUAGCUGUGAUCAAUGUGGGAAGAGUUUUACUAGAUCUGACCAUCUGACUUUACACCAGAGAAUACACACAGGAAAGAAAUCUUAUAGCUGUGAUCAAUGUGGAAAGAGUUUUACGACAUCUAGCUAUCUGACUACACACCAGCGGAUACACACAGGAGAGAAACCUUUUAGCUGUAAUCAAUGUGGGAAGAAGUGCUCUGAUAAAAGAUCUCUGAUUAAACAUCAGAAACUACAUGAAGGAGUUGUUUCAUGAUAUCAAUGAAAUGUCACAAUGUGGAAUGUUUUAACAUGGUUGGAUUAUUUUAAUGAUGUCACAAUGUAGAACCCUAAAUGUUUCUCCCCUGUUCUAUUAAUUUCAACAUUAAAUGGAUAUUAUCCUCAGG